AUGGGUCUCCGUAAGAAGAGCAGCAAGAACCCGCCGAUGCUGAGCCAAGAGUUCAUCCUGCAGAAUCACGCGGACAUCGCCUCCUGCGUGGGCAUGUUCUUCCUGCUGGGGCUCAUGUUCGAGGGCACGGCAGGAGUGUCCAUCGUGUUCCUCACCCUUCAGCAUGCGGUCACGGUGCCGGCAGCCGGGGAGCCAGCCUCAGGGGGCUCCAGGUCCCUGUACCAUUAUGGGGUCAAGGACCUGGCCACGGUGUUCUUCUACAUGCUGGUGGCCAUCAUCGUGCACGCCACCAUCCAGGAGUACCUUUUGGAUAAAAUAAACAGGAGAAUGCAGUUCACCAAAGCCAGACAGAGCAAGUUUAACGAAUCCGGCCAGUUGAGCGUCUUCUACUUGGUGUCUUGCAUCUGGGGCGCAGUCAUUCUCAUCUCUGAAAACUGCCUGUCUGACCCCAGUCUCCUGUGGCGGGUGCAUCCCCAGAACAUGAUGACGUUUCAAAUGAAGUUUUUCUACAUAUCGCAGUUGGCUUACUGGUUUCACAGCUUUCCGGAGCUCUAUUUCCAGAAAACCCGAAAGCAGGACCUCCCCCGCCAGCUCAUCUACAUCGGCCUUCACCUCUUCCACAUUUGCGGAGCUUACCUCUUGUAUUUGAACCACCUGGGCCUCCUCCUGCUGGUGCUGCACUACUUGGUGGAGCUUCUGUCCCACGUGUGCGGCAUGUUCUACUUCAGCGACGAGAAGUACCAGCGAGGCGUCUCCCUGUGGACCCUCGUGUUUAUCCUGGGGAGACUGAUGACCCUCGUGGUGUCGGUGCUCACCGUGGGGUUUCACCUGGCAGGAUCACAGACUCGGGACCCAGAGGCCCUGGCUGGCAACGUGAACGUGCUGGCUGCCAAGAUCGCCGUGCUGUCUUCCAGUUGUACCAUCCAAGCCUACAUCACAUGGACUCUGAUCACUGUGUGGUUGCAGAGGUGGGCAGAAGAUGCAGGGCUGCAGGCCUCCAACGCCAAGAAGAAGCGACCCGCGUCCAAAAGCAAGACAUGCAGAAAGGGAAUGGAGAAUGGCCUGGAGCCCCUGGGCAGAGCAGAUGCGCUUCCCAAGAGGAAAGAGAGAUCUUCCUAG